AACGAUUGAAUUUUUUCUCCACUAUCUGCCGAGCGAAGGUCGUGUCUCGUGUGUCGAAAGUUCGAUACUAUUUUCGACUUGCCGUGACUUACGGUAGACAAACUUCACACACUUAGCGUGUUUGUCGAAAGAAAGAAACCAAAAUCAUCACCACCAUGUCAAGAAUAAUAUUAGCGCAAUUGAAGAAAUCCAGCUCCGUAUUGAGGACGUCUGUGCGGUCCAAGGCCGAUGGUCACCAUGCCACGUAUAAACCCCUGACGAUGGAUGACAUGCCAGUCCCAAAGGUGCCCUGGAACGAAUACCACGGCAAAACCAAUACCAAAUACAACCUAGUACUAGUAGGCGGAAUCACUGCACUUGCAGCGUCCAUCUACGUAUUACAAGAUAACUGUUUCUUCAAUGCAUUUGUACCACCAUACCCUUUCGAAGAAACUGAACAGAAGUAAAUAUGAGUAUAUUUUUAAAAAAAAAUGUAUUUUUUUUCCGUGUAGUAAUUAAUAAUAUUAUAUAAAUAAAUAUAAUUGUAUUUAAUUAUAAAUUUGAUUAUCCACAAUAAAAUGAUUUAAUUAGGUAA